UCCAGCCCUUAUUCCCCUGCAGCAUCUCCCAGUGCCAAGCCAGGAGCUGGCUUGCUCUCCCUCUCCAUCCCUCUGUACCCACAGCAGUGAACUCUUCUAAAUGCAGUGUGUGUUUGCUUGUAUGGUCUUUCUCUUUCUUAUUGAAUGCGUUAUGAGAUGUGAAUAGAAGAGUCCUGAGAGGUGGACAACAGUGUGAUGCCACGAUUCGUGACUGUGGACAGAGGUUUUCUGUUCUUCAUAACUGAUUUUUUUUUAAACCUUUUUUUUUUUUUUUUUUUUCAGGACAAUGUACCAGGAUUUCCUUUUCCUUUUCUUCCUCUCCUUCCAUCCCCAUAAAUGCCAAGAUCAAAGCCUGGUUGAAAAUCCAUAUGAAAUGCCCAAAGACUAUCAGCAGGUCUACAGAGGGACAAAAAAUGAUGUCAAAGAGAUCCCAAAGGUUGCAAAGCCCUUCAUUUCUGAAGUGAUCUUUGUGCAAACCAGCAUCACUGCUAUAAGGAAAGGUGCCUUCAGGUACAUGCCCAACCUGAUAAAGAUUUUGUUUAUUGGCAACAAGAUCAAAACAGUUGAACCUGGAGCCUUUGAUAAUCUGGACAACCUGAGGGACUUGGAUAUCUCUGGUGCCUCGUUAGAAGCACUGUCUGUGGGCACUUUCCAAAACCUCCCAAGCUUACAGAGGCUGGAGUUGAGAGACAGCCAACUCAGAUACAUCCCCAAAGGCCUGUUUGAUGGGCUGGAAAAUUUGGGAGAACUCUCCCUGCACAUCAAUGCAAUCCCUUCUCUUCCAGAAGGCAUUUUUGAUUCUCUCAUCAAUUUAACCUUUUUGGACCUGUCUAGGAACAGGAUCACAACUCUUCCUGUGAAUGCCUUUAGCAAACUUACCCGGCUUCAAGUCCUCCGGUUGUAUGAGAAUGAGUUGCAAGACCUCCCAGAGGGACUGUUGGACAGUCAGCUGGAGCUGCUGGAGCUUAGCCUCCAGAGCAACAGGCUCAGGGCGCUGCCAUCCAUGUUCCUCAGAAGCCUGCCUCACCUGGAGAAACUCCUCUUGGACAAUAAUCUUAUUAGGGUUCUCCCACCUCAGGGUUUUUUUGGUUUAAACAAAUUGAAGCUGCUGACUCUGGGUUCAAACCAUAUCAUGGAGCUCCCCUGCUGCCUUUUUGACACCAUGCCAUACUUAUGGGAGCUGGACCUGGGCAGGAACAGUUUGGCCACACUUCCAGAUGGCAUCUUUGUCAACCUUACAUCCCUUGGAAAACUCAUAUUGUCCCACAACCAGCUGUUAGCCCUGUCAAGAGGAGCUUUCAUUGGGCUCAGUAAGCUCCUGGACCUCCAGCUGGACACAAAUCAGCUCUCUGCUCUGGAUGAAGAGGUCUUUGCUUCUCUCCCAAAUCUGAAAACCCUCAACCUUCGAAAGAACCAGCUGGAGAGUGUUCCCCGAGGGCUCCUGGACCCCCUGAAGAAGCUCAGCUCAGUGUAUCUGAGUGGUAAUCCAUGGAGAUGUGACUGCAACCUCUGCUCCCUGCGCAGCUGGAUCCUGGGUAACAGUGAGAAGGUCAAAUUGUCCACCCAAGUCUCAUGCAAGAGCCCACCCCACCUGGCAGGGCAAGCAGUAACAUUGCUGAGGGAUGACCACUUAAUCUGCCCAGCUACUCUGCCUUUUUCAGCUUCUUUUAUCCCCUCUCUGCCAUUUAACUCCACAUCAUCACAAAGGAUGUCAACUUUGCCAUCACUUGGAGGUUUGUCCACAGCAACGCCAACCUUGCUGUCAUUGGCAGCCUUUCCCAUCAGGACACUGACAACUGUUCUGUCACCUGUGGGCACCUCUGCCAUGUUGCCAACUGUGCCAAAGGAGGACACCUUCACCACUCCAUUGCCUACUGUGCCAUCUAAGGCCUUUGUCACCACCUCACCAUCAGCUGUGCUGCAGAAGGCCUUCAGCAACAGCCCAUCAACAACCAGUGUGGCCAAAUCCUUCAUCACGACACCAUCAACAACCAUGGUGCCAAAGGCCUCCAUCACCACCCCAUUACCAGCUGCGCUGCCAGAGACCUUCAACACACCAACAACUGUGCUGCCAACAGCCUGUAUUGCCACACCAUCAUCAUCAACUGUGAUGCUCAAGGCUUUCAUCACCAGCCCAUCACCAGCUGUGCCAGCUUCAGCCAUCAUAAGCCUACAGUCUCCUGGGGCCACCCACCUAGAACCUGUGCCAUCCACUCUAGCUUCUGCCACCACACAGGUGCCAACCAACCCAUCGGCAGCCACCACCAGACAUGUGCUUCCUGUUCUUCUGGUGCCCACCAGACCAUUGGCAACCACCACCAGACAAGUGCCUCCUGCUCUUUCAGUGCCCAGGGAGAGGCCAGCCACCAUCCCACAGGGAACACCCAUAACCUCCCUUGUCUCAGCCCCCUCCAUGGCACUCUGGCCAUCCCCCAGGACUGCUGCGCAUGGCACGGUCCCAUUGGCCUCACACUCCCCAUCCCACCAUGCUCCUGCACCAGGCAGGGAGCGGGACCAUGCCACCACAUGGGACUCAUCCCCAGCUGGCUCCCAGCCCACCCCCAGUGCCCCCCAGCACGCUGCUGCCCCGGCAGGCACCGUCCUUCUCCCAGUGCCUCCCAUCCCCCUGCCGCCAGACCACAUGAGCCCCUGCCCGGCCUCCCCUCCCCUGGCCCCCAGCGGUCAUCGUGCCUGGGGCUGGUCCCUGCGAGCCAGUCCACGGCAGUGCCGACUGUCCCUGGCCCUGGGGCUGGCCGCGCUGGCGCUGCAGGCAGCCUGCCUGCUGCUGUGGGGGAUGCUCGUCCACCUCCUUCACCAGGGCACCCGACACUGCCCCAGGCCUCCUGUGAGGCUGCUGAGCCUUCAGUUCCUGGGUGAUCCGGGGACCCCUGAGCCAGCCCAGGCACCACUUUAA